AUCUUCCUUCACAAACAGCAAUGCGCUGUCUUUCUGAUACUGUCAGAGAUUCCUGUUCGAGGUAAUCUCACUUCAUCGGUGACCCGACCACUUCAUCUUCUUCCUCUCCAUCCAGCUAUUAAAACCCCGCUUCCUUCUCCGGCUUCCACCCGAGUCAAGAAGCUCAAACCCCUCGUCUCCCAAAUGAACUCCUCAUUUCUCUCUCACUUUCUUUGCUUCUCGCUCUGCCUCUUCCUUCUCCUCCUCUUCACUCUCUCAUGGCUCCAACCCGCCAUCCCUCCCUCCACCUCCUCUGAUCACCUCUUGACUCAUCGGAAACCCACACAAGCCUCCGCCCUCCCCUCCACCCCUUGCCACCCUCUCGACCCUCUCACCAUCUCCGAAAUCACAACCAUCCGCUCCAUCCUCAUCUCCCAACCUCACUUCUCCUCCUCCCCUUCAUCCCUCAUCUUCCACUCCCUCUCCCUCGACCCCCCCGACAAAGACGUCGUCCUCUCCUGGUCCUCCGGCGACCCCCUUCCCCCUCGCCGCGCCUCCGCCGUCGUUCGACUCAACGGCCAAGCCCAUUCCCUCUCCAUCGACCUCUCCACCGGCACCGUCUCCUCUCUUCCCAACCCGGUCUCCGGCUUCCCCACCAUGACAAUCGAGGACAUGACGUCAUCCGCCCUAGCCCCCCUUUCCGAUCCCGCCUUCAAUCGCUCCGUCAUCGCCCGCGGAGUCCGGACCUCAGAUCUCGCUUGCCUCCCGGUCUCCUCCGGAUGGUUCGGUCGGGAGAUUGAGAACAAAAGGAGGCUGAUUAAGGUUCAGUGCUAUUCCAUUGAAGGCACGGCCAACUUCUAUAUGAGGCCGAUUGAAGGGCUCACUGUAUUGGUUGAUAUGGAUACGAAGGAGGUGGUGCAGAUCACCGAUGAAGGGGGCAAUAUUCCGAUCCCUAAAUCGGCGGGGACGGACUAUAGAUACGAUGAGCUAAGGGGCAGCGAGAACGCCGAGAAGGGAAGGCCGCUGCGGCCGAUCUCGAUCGAGCAGCCCGAGGGGCCAAGCUUCGAGGUCGUGGAUGGGCACAGGGUGAAGUGGGCCGGGUGGGAGUUCCACCUGAAAGCGGAUGCGAGAGCCGGCUUAGUGGUUUCGGCGGCAACCGUUGCGGAUCCGAUAACGGGAAAGAGAAGAAGUGUGCUUUACAAAGGGUUCGCGUCGGAGCUUUUCGUGCCCUACAUGGAUCCGACAGAUGCCUGGUACUUCAAAACCUAUAUGGAUGCGGGCGAAUACGGAUUCGGAUUGCAAGCGAUGCCACUUGUGCCGCUUAACGAUUGCCCGCGCAACGCGUAUUACAUGGACGGAACUUUCGUCGCCGCCGACGGCCGGCCUUACGUGAGGAAGAAUAUGAUCUGCCUUUAUGAGAGUUACGCCGGUGAUAUCGGGUGGCGGCAUUCCGAGAGCCCGAUAACUGGAUUGGAGAUAAGGGAGGUAAGGCCGAAGGUGACGCUUGUGGCGAGGAUGGCGGCAUCGGUGGCGAAUUAUGACUAUAUUGUGGAUUGGGAGUUUCAGACGGACGGGAUUAUUCGUGUCAAGGUUGGCCUGAGCGGCAUCCUAAUGGUGAAAGGCUCACCGUACACGCACAUAACGCAGUUCCCAUCAAAGCAGGACACAUACGGCACUCUGCUUUCAGAAAACAUCAUCGGAGUCAUCCACGACCACUUCAUCACCUUCCACCUCGAUCUGGACAUCGACGGCGCCAACAACUCCUUCGUCAAGGUCCAGCUUUCGAGACAGGGCACCGACUCCGACGCUACUCCUCGCCGGAGCUACCUCAAGGCCACGAGGAAUACCGCCCAGACGGAAAAGGACGCCCAGAUCAAGCUCAAGCUCUACGAGCCAUACGAAUUCCAUGUGAUCAACUCGGACAAGACGACCCGAGUUGGCAAUCCGGUGGGUUAUAAGGUGGUUCCGGCCGGCACGGCGGCGGCGCUGCUUGAUUUGAAAGAUCCGCCUCAGAUCAGAGGCGCAUUCACUAAUAAUCAGAUAUGGGUUACGCCACGCGACAAGAAAGAGGAGUGGGCGGGCGGGCUGUUCGUAUACCAGAACAAAGGAGAGGACACGUUGGCCGUAUGGUCCGAAAGGGACCGUCCGAUCGAGAACAAGGACAUUGUGUUAUGGUAUACGCUGGGAUUUCACCACAUCCCUUGCCAGGAAGACUUUCCCAUAAUGCCCAUUGUGUCCUCCAGCUUCGAUCUAAAGCCUGUGAACUUCUUCGAGAGGAAUCCGAUCCUCAAUUCAGCCCCGAACCUGGAGAAGGACCUUCCUGUCUGCACAGCUGCUGCUUCUUCCUGAUUGAAACAUUGGCUUUUCUGUAAAUAAGGAGUACUUGGUGGUUUUGGAGGUAAUUUCCCAUAAAUAAGGGGCUGGGUUCCUGGCCUGCCUGCCUUUAAUAAUUUUGAUGUAAAUUAUAUGGUGGUCAGGUGUUUUAGGGUUACACUGUGACCGGCUUUUGAUGCUGAUUAAAAAUGAAGGUAAUAAGAUCUGUUAUACAAUUUGAUCAUUUUAGUCAUUUGUUAGUUCUCUAAUUAGUCACCAUUGAAUUUUGUAUGUGGUGUGUAAAGUUUAGUUUUUUUAUAAAUUAAAUUUUGU